AUGGCGGCCACCGCAGCCUCCUUGUCUCCGAUCCUCCGCCGCUCUCCCCCACUCCUCAUCCUCCUUUCCCUCCUCCUUCUCCCCACCUUCGCCGCUGCCCAAAACAUCACCGUCGGACAAUCCCUCUCCGCCGACGCAGCCAACUCCACCGCCUGGCUCUCCCCAUCCGGCGAAUUCGCCUUCGGCUUCCGCCCGCUCGACGAAACCAACACCACCUUCCUCCUCUGCAUCUGGUACGCCGACCUCCCCGACCGCACAAUCGUCUGGUCUGCCAACGGCGACUCCCCUGCCCCCGCCGGCUCCACCGUCCAGCUAUCCGGCACCGUCGGCCUCGUCCUCGCGAACCCACAAGGCUCCGAGAUUUGGCGUUCCGGCCAACUCUCCGGCGGAGUGGCCUCCGCCUCGCUCACCGAUUCCGGCAAUUUCGUGAUCCGAGCUAGAAAUUCCUCUCCUCUGUGGGAAACCUUCGCCAAUCCCACCGACACGAUCCUCCCUUCGCAAACGCUAGGCCGCGGCAUCAUCCUCUCCUCCCGGCGCUCCGAAUCUGAUUUCUCAAAGGGGAGAUUCCGCCUAAUUCUCCAGGGGGACGGGAAUUUAGUCCUCACCACUGUAAAUCUCCCGACGGAGCAGGUCAACGGUGCGUACUACGCCGCCGGAACGAAUUCUGCAACCGACCCUGGUACGCAGCUGGCUUUCGACGAAUUGGGAUUUCUCUCCGUGGUCAGAACUAACGGCGGCAGCAGAUUCAAUUUGACGGAGUCGGUGCCGUCGUCAUCAAACGGAGGGUAUUACCAAAGAGCAAUUCUGAGGUUCGACGGAGUUUUGACUCAGUACUAUUACCCGAAAUCGGGGGGAAGUAACCGGAGCUGGACUCAUCUCUGGAACCAGCCGGAGAACAUCUGUACGGCGAGGACCGACAUCGGCAGCGGCACCUGCGGAUUUAACAGCAUCUGCGACCUCGAAUCCGACGGCCGGCCGAGUUGCCGGUGCCCGACAGGGUAUUCGUUGAUGGAUCCCGACGAUCCGUACGGAAAUUGCAGAGCGAACUACACACAGGGCUGCGAAGAAGACAACGGCGGGGUCCGAAUUGAAGAGCUGUACGGGUUCGUGGAGAUUGAGAAUACCGAUUGGCCAACUUCCGAUUAUGCUCUGUUGGAGCCUUUCACGGAGGAGGGCUGCCGGAAUUCCUGCCUGCACGACUGUAUGUGCGCCGCCGCGAUUUUCCGGUCAGGGGACAUGUGUUGGAAGAAGAAGAUGCCUCUGUCGAAUGGGAGGCUGGACGGGAACCUGAACGGGAAGGCACUGUUGAAAGUCAGGAGGGGGAAUGUGAAUGUGAGCCGGAGAACAGGCGGCGGUGGGUGGCCGAUUGCGCCGGAGGCAGGGGAUGUUGUGAAGAGGAAGGACAGGGAAGGGUUGAUCGUGAUGGGUUCGGUUCUUUUUGGGAUCUCAGCUUUCGUGAAUGUGGCGCUGGUGAUCGCGAUCUGUUUAGGGUUUCAAUUCGUUUACAGGAAGAAGAACAGGUUUGAUUCAGGUUCUAAUGACAGCGUUGGCGCAAUUGAGCCAAAUGUGCGGUGUUUUACAUACAGGGAGCUAGAAGAAGCAACGGAUGGGUUCAAGGAAGAGCUUGGCAGGGGAGCUUUUGGCAUAGUUUACAAAGGCGUGAUUCGGGACAACGGCCGCGUUGUCGCCGUCAAGAAGCUGAACUCCUCGGUGAACAACGAUACGGCGAAGGAAUUCAGAACCGAAGUCAGCGUGAUCGGACAGAUUCAUCACAAGAAUCUGGUCCGGCUGGUCGGAUACUGCGAGGAAGGAGAGCAGAGGCAGAUGUUGGUCUAUGAGUACCUGAACGGGACCCUGGCCGAUUACCUGUUCGGAGAGGUGAAGCCGAGCUGGUCGAAGCGAAUCCACAUCGCAUUGGGAGUCGCGAGGGGACUGUUGUACCUGCACGAGGAGUGCAGCACCCAGGUGAUCCACUGCGACAUCAAGCCGCAGAACGUCCUCCUGGACGACUGCCAGAAUGCCAGGAUCUCGGAUUUCGGGCUGGCGAAGCUGCUGCAGCUGAACCAGAGCCAGACGCACACGGCGAUUAGGGGAACCAGAGGGUACGUGGCGAUCGAGUGGUUCAGGAACUCGCCCAUCACGGUGAAGGUCGACGUCUACAGCUUCGGGGUCCUGCUGCUGGAGCUCAUCUGUUGCAGGAAGGGCGUGGACAGCAACGAGGGCGCCGGAGAACGAGCCAUCCUGACCGAUUGGGCUUUCGACUGUUAUGCCGAAGGAGCCAUCGACGACCUCGUCGACCACGAGAUGGAGGUGCUGAAUGACAGGGAGAGGCUCGAGAAGUUUGUGAUGACCGCCCUGUGGUGCAUUCAAGAGGAACCUUCCGUCAGGCCUACGAUGAGGCAGGUCUGGCAGAUGCUCGAAGGAGUCCUUGAAGUACCUGAUCCUCCGUGCCCUAGCGGUUUCACCGUGACAACGAUCUCGAAGGCUUAA